ACCGAGUUCUUCCUGCGGUCGGACGCUGAUAACGCCUCCAACGGCAAUCGAUUGUCCCACCAAUUUGAGUAUGACGGAUUGACGACCGAUCGAAGGCCCGCAGUCCAGUUCGCGAAACGGUACGGGUUGGUUCGGAAAUCGGAAUCUUGUUGGACUACGACGACGGCAACGACAGGUGGUUCUGUGCGAAAAUGUGGCCAAAUGCGGCGAGGUCAGUGCCAGCGGCAGCCAUCCUGCUCGCCAUUGGAUUCUCAGCGGUGAUGGUGGUCGGUGGUGAAGGAUACGACGGAAGUGACCUUCGCAUCGUGGGAGGUUUUCCAGCAUCGCAGGCUGCAACCAUGCACCAGGUCUCGAUCCGGGUGAAAUCCAGCGACGAAAAGUCGUUCGGCAGUGGCCACAUCUGCGGCGGAAGCCUGAUCAACAACCACACGGUUCUGACGGCCGCCCACUGCUUGGUGGACGGCAGCAAUCGUAAGCGUGCGGCCAACUACUUCCGAGUGGUCGGAGGAAACCUGAACCUCACCGUAACGUCGGCCAACAGCGUAAUCCUGGACGUAUCCCAGGUGGUGAUUCACCAGCGGUACAAUCCCGCAAACUUCGAACACGACGUGGGACUGCUGAUUCUAAGUUCCAUCGUUCCGGCCACUCAUCCAACACUUCGUCCAAUCCAAAUGAUUCAAAUCAAACCCAAUGCCGGGGUUGUUUGUCAGACCAGCGGCUGGGGAACUCCAAUAUUCGGUCAAAAUAUCAAAAUGGCGGUGCUGAUGGCCGUCAACGUUACCGUACAAGCGACGAACGUCUGCAACGGGACGUCCAGCUAUAACGGGUUCAUCAAGAACGGGAUGCUCUGCGCCGGUGAUGUACUCGGCAACAAGGACGCGUGUCAGGGUGAUUCCGGAGGGCCGCUGGUUUGCAACGGCGUCCUAGCCGGUAUCGUAUCGAACGGAAAGGACUGCGGGUUGGCGAACUUCCCGGGGAUAUAUGCCGAUGUGGCGCAUUACCGCGAGUGGAUAUUGACGAGUGGCGCCCAACGGUCGGUGGCCGGUGGAAUGGCCGUAGCGCUAGUCGCCCUAGGGUUACUAUAUGGGAAAAUUGUGCAGCGGUUGAUGAUGUAGGGUGGGUGAUAAUAAAUUAUUUUUUUU